UGGGGGAAGAGGUGGCACUGCAUAAAAGAAGCUGCCUUGAGAUUUCUAACAUUCACACAGGCACUUCCUAGGUAAGGAAACUUCCCCAGGUGUUGCCACCUGAUCUUUGGCGAUGGACCCAGAAGCAACCUCUGAUUAUUGGGAUUAUUCCUCCGGGACAAGCCCAAACCCUGAUGACGUGGAGGAGACCCGCUUCCAGGCUCCUUACACAUCCCUUUUCCUGCCCGCCUUUUACACAGCCGUGUUCCUGAUCGGGGUGCUGGGGAACCUCCUCCUCAUGGGCGUGCUGCACUUCAAACCGGGCAGCCGGAGGCUGAUCGACAUCUUCAUCGUGAACCUGGCCGCCUCCGACUUCAUCUUCCUCAUCACGCUGCCUCUCUGGGUGGACAAGGAAGCCUCCUCAGGGCUGUGGAGGACAGGCUCCUUCCUGUGCAAAGGCAGCUCCUACAUGAUCUCGGUCAACAUGCACUGCAGCGUCUUCCUGCUCACCUGCAUGAGCGCGGACCGCUACCUGGCCAUCGUGUGGCCGGCCGCGUCCAGGAAACUCAGAAGGAGGGACUGUGCCUACGGGGUCUGUGCCAGCGUCUGGUGUGUCUCUUGCCUCCUGGGGCUGCCUACUCUUCUGUCCAGGGAGCUCACCCUGAUCCAAGAUAAGCCAUACUGUGCAGAGAAGAGGGCCACUUCGGUUAAACUGACCUGGGCCCUGGUGUCCUUACUUUUUACCUUCUUCGCGCCUUUGGUGAGCAUCGUGACCUGCUACUGCUGUAUCAUCAGGAAGCUGUGCGCCCAGUACCAGCGGACGGGAAAGCACAACAAGAAGCUGAGGAAAUCCAUCAAGAUCAUAUUUAUUGUCGUGUCCGCCUUUGUGAUCUCCUGGCUGCCCUUCAACACGUUCAAGCUCCUGGCCAUUGUGUCUGGGCUGCAGCAAGAGCACUACGUCUCCGUGUCUGUCCUCCAGCGGGGCAUGGAAGUGAGCGGGCCCUUAGCCUUUGCCAACAGCUGUGUCAACCCUUUCAUUUACUACAUCUUUGACAGCUACAUCCGCAGGGCCACGGUGCAGUGCUUGUGCCCUGGCCUCAAGAGUGCUGCUGACUUUGGGAGCAGCACGGAGACAUCCGAUAGUCACCUCACGAAGGCUCUCUCCAACUUCAUUCAAGCCGGGGAUUUUGCCAGGAGGAGAAAGAGGUCUGUGUCCCUCUAAAAGGAACGGUGACUUUUCAAGCUCUGUUGGUGGAUUGGACAGUUCACUUGGGUCAUUGACAAAGAAAGAAGAGUAUUGCUAAACGUAUGCAUAUUGCUUCAUAAAUGCAAGAAAGAUAAUUUUUAUGAAAAAGACAAUUGAAAAGUCUUUGUGUUUGUGGAUAUAAUUAGGCUAUCUGCUGGUGCUUUUUUCUUCUUCUUUUUUUUUUUUUUUCUUCCAGCAGAUUGGCUUUAUUUGACCCUUGCCAAUCCAGUUCACUGGGCAAAAUACAACUCCUUUACAACCUUGAACUCUGAGAUAAAGGCUCCUGCUUGGACUAGUUUCUUUCUUCAUGAUUCUUAAUGCACAUUCAGGCUUUUUCCUCUCAAGAACCAUGGUAUCUUGCCCCACAUCACCCUUCAUACUGGGCUUCACAGUGGACUACGAUUAAAGGAUUCUGCCCACUUUCAUCUGGUGAGACAUGUGGUGUCAACGUAGGUAGCAGAAGAUAUAAUAAAUCUGUGCUCUGAAAUUAAUUGUUCCUGAGUAAUGAAGUAAGAUUCUGGUCUUGUUAUUUAAAACCUUGUAUGGUGAUUCUUUACCAUCUCCCAAUAUUGGCUUUCAUCCUGUGCCAUUCAAAAUAACUUUAGACUUGUGGCAAAAGCUCAUGGGGGUGAAUCAUUUUGUAUUAUGUUUAUGACUUGAGACUUACAUAAUUAUCUCAUCUUCUAGAGUAUUUUAACAAGAAAGCAUAAGGCAAAGUUUGACCUUUAUUUCCUUUGUACGAUAUAUCAGUAAAAUUGUAUCUCAUUAUAAUGGUGCAGUAACUAUUUUUCAAUGGGGUUUUGCUAUGCUUUUUUGUUUUUAUUGUCUUUAUAAAUUAGGACAUGACUUUGCUUUAAUUAUAUGUUUCUAAUUUAUCUAGUUAUCUAGCUAUCAAAUAAAAUGUUACUAAUAACAUAAUUAGGGGGUCAUCAAAUGCUUAGCUACAAAUGCUAAGCUAUAAUUGUGCAGAUUAUGCUUUUAUAAUUUAAUUAAAAUGUUAGUGCUAUACAUUCUUCAUAGUAUCAUUUGCUGGAGUAUAUAAUUUCAAGAUUUGAUCCAAUAAUAUAGAAAGGCAGAAUACUUUGAAAUAAAAAAAAUCAUAACAAUGUUGAUGUUGGUGUUUUAUAUAGAUUUUUUUCAAACCCAGAGACUAUCCUGAAUUUCUUCACCCAAAUAUAUAUUUAUUUAGAUGAUUUGUACCUAAUAUCCUUUUUAAAGACUUUGGAGUAAAAAACUAGCAAUGUAGUUAGCAA